UCGAACGGUCCCCUGUUAAAAUAGAGAAACUCAUCAAACGGUCCAAAGUUCAGUCCUUAAAGACUAAGCUAGGGUUUCAGUCUCCUAAUUAACCAUACUAUAUAAACCACACAGUUACCGUAUUGCCGAUUGCGGUGCAGUUCGUUCUGCCCUCCCACCAAAAAAAAAUACCAAAAAUUAUUUUCUCUCUCCGUCGUCUCUUGUCCGGUAUCAUCCGGUUCUCCGACGAUUUUAUCCCUAUUUUACCUUUCUCUCUCCUAUAUUUUAUCCCCAAAUUACACCUAUAAUAUUUACUUUAUUCAGGAUUUAGGUUAUCAGUUUAGAUUGCUGUUUGUUAUAGGCGUUAUAGCUAUUACGAUCUGCUUGUUCUCUGUCUGUGUUUUUAAUCUCUCAGGGUCUGAUCUUUAAAUAACAAAGAGGAGGUGAAAAACACAAAAAGGACAUUUUUUUUGAAAUGGCACAGAUUCAGGUGCAGCAUCAAUCUGCGGCGGCGGCGGCCCCGAUUCCAGGAGCCAACGGAGCGGCGGCGGCGGCAAGUUCUGGCAGUGUACCAUAUAUGCCUACGUCACUUUAUGUUGGAGAUCUUGACCUGAAUGUGACCGAUUCGCAGCUUUACGAUGUGUUUAAUCAGGUUGGUCAGGUUGUUUCCGUCCGGGUCUGUAGGGACUUGACGACCCGGCGAUCAUUGGGUUAUGGUUAUGUCAACUAUACCAGUCCUCAGGAUGCUGCAAGGGCAUUGGAUAUUCUUAACUUCACUCCUUUUAAUAACAAGCCUAUUAGGAUCAUGUACUCUCAUCGUGACCCAAGUAUUCGUAAGAGUGGGACAGGAAAUAUUUUUAUCAAGAACUUGGAUAAGACUAUUGAUCACAAAGCUUUGCACGAUACUUUUUCAUCAUUUGGGAACAUUCUUUCUUGCAAGGUUGCUACUGAUUCCUCUGGCCAGUCUAGAGGCUACGGUUUUGUACAAUUUGACAAUGAGGAAGCUGCUCAGAAUGCUAUAGAUAAGUUGAAUGGCAUGCUGCUUAAUGAUAAACAAGUUUAUGUUGGACAUUUUCUUCGUAGGCAUGAAAGAGACAGUGCAUCAAAUAAGAAAUUUAAUAAUGUUUAUGUGAAAAAUUUAUCUGAAUCAACAACGGAAGAGGACCUGAAGAAUAUAUUUGGUGAAUAUGGAGAAAUUACUAGUGCUGUAAUUAUGCGGGAUGCCGAUGGAAAGUCAAAGUGUUUUGGUUUUGUGAACUUUGAAAAUACUGAUGCUGCUGCAAAAGCUGUUGAGUCUCUUAAUGGAAAGAAGAUUGAUGACAAGGAAUGGUAUGUUGGAAAAGCACAGAAAAAAUCUGAAAGAGAACUUGAACUUAAAAGUCAGUUUGAGCAGAGCAUGAAGGAAGCUGUAGACAAAUAUCAAGGUGUCAAUCUAUACAUCAAGAAUUUGGAUGAUAGCAUCAGCGAUGAAAAUCUUAAGGAGCUUUUUUCUGACUUUGGUAUGAUUACUUCAUGUAAGGUUAUGCGAGACCCUAGUGGAAUUAGCAGAGGUUCUGGUUUUGUUGCCUUUUCAACUCCUGAGGAAGCUUCUCGAGCUCUUGCGGAGAUGAAUGGCAAAAUGGUUGUUAGCAAGCCACUUUAUGUUGCACUUGCACAAAGGAAGGAAGAGAGAAGGGCAAGGCUUCAGGCACAAUUUUCACAGAUGAGGCCAGUUGCAAUGGCACCUUCAGUUGGCCCUCGCAUGCCGAUAUACUCUCCAGGUGCUCCUGGUAUGGGUCAGCAGUUUUUGUAUGGGCAAGGACCUCCAACCAUGAUUCCUCCUCAGGGUGGAUUCGGCUACCAGCAGCAACUUGUUCCUGGAAUUAGGCCAGGAGGUGCUCCUAUGCCAAAUUUCUUUGUACCAAUGGUUCAGCAAGGCCAGCAAGGCCAACGCCCCGGGGGACGUCGUGGAGCAGUUCCAGUGCAACAGAACCAGCAGCCAGUCCCUCUGAUGCAUCAGCAGAUGCUUCCUAGGGGACGUGUCUAUCGUUAUCCACCCGGGCGCAACAUGCCAGAUGUUCCAAUGCCUGGUGUUGCUGGAGGCAUGCUGUCAGUUCCAUAUGACAUGGGUGGCAUGCCGAUAAGAGAUGCUGCUGCUGGGCAGCCUGUGCCUAUUACAGCUUUGGCUACAGCCCUGGCCAAUGCAUCCCCUGAGCAUCAAAGGACGCUGCUGGGUGAAAGUCUGUACCCAUUAGUGGACCAGCUGGAGCAUGAAUCAGCAGCUAAGGUCACAGGUAUGCUUUUGGAGAUGGAUCAGACUGAGGUUUUGCACCUGCUUGAAUCACCGGAGGCAUUAAAGGCAAAAGUGGCAGAGGCCAUGGAGGUCCUCAGGAGUGUCGCCGCUCAGCAGCACACCAACAAUACUGCUGAUCAGCUUACAUCACUGUCCCUGAAUGAUGGCCUUGUCUCCUAAAAUAUAUUUGGGUGAAGAGAAACAGGUGCAUCAAGUGGUUUUGGACUUCUUAGAGCUAGUUUUCUUGUUGGAUCAUAUCCACAUUGCAUGUUAUAUUUUGUUUUAGGCUUGAGUAAAAUUUGUUGGCAAUUGGAACUCUGUAGUAUACUUUCAUUUGUGCUCUUUAGGAUUCAAGAUAUUUAUGGUAGAACGAGAUGCGAUUUUAUUCUGAAGUUUUGGAAUAUUGUGUUGAUUGAUCAGCAGAAUUGAUAAUAAUGCCACAUGUGGGUGUUCUGAAA